GGCAUAUCAAAGUGUACCAUGGCUCCGUUCACUCUGAUUACGACUCUGCCACCAUUUAUCUCGCCGGAUGAACACAAAAACAUCGUCGCCUCGACCCCAGCGUCCUUCAGCGACAUCCCCCCGGUCUUGCGCCACAGGGAAGAAAAUGUCUCAGUCACCGUUGAACCACCUGUAGAUGGUUUUACGGCCGAGGACUGCGCACUCGGCACUCUCUAUGUGAUAGAAAGUUUCUUGGUAUUCAUGUCGGCGACAGGACGGGGAUUCCAGGUCGAAUACCCGUCCAUUACUCUCCAUGCUAUUUCCCGCGCGGAAUCUGGGCCGUCAAUAUACUGUCAAUUGGAUGAUAUAGCAGAGUCGCCUGAAGACGCUGCUGAGGAGGCCGAAAGCGAGCUAAAGGAGCUAAUAAUCGUGCCGAAGGAUGGCCAGGCUUUGGAACCUAUAUUCGAGAGCCUAUCGCUAUGUGCCUCCCUACACCCUGAUCCUGCGUCCCUUGACGAGGAUAUGGACGACGAUGCCUUCAUUGACGCAGAUGAAAACGGUCUCGACACAUUCACGGGCGGCGAAGAUGAGGAACUCAGCGAAGUCGGGAGGGCGGCUCUCGCCCACCUUGAAUCCAUCAUUUACGACCCGUUCGAACACGCUCGUGAAGACGAUGAAAAGGCGCAAGAAGAUAAAGGGGCCGCUUGAGAAUAUAGAGCAGAUCCAGUAUACUAGUGGUCCUGUCGCGGAGAGCAUAAGUCUGGGCGUGCUAUGUGAUCUUCGCGUCUGUACGUAUUGUGAAUAUUCUCAGACUCGGAUUUCUAGGGACGAGUCUUUGCUAAAUACAUACCGAGCCAUUAAUGAUG